AUGAUCACAAAUUCUGAGAAUAUUCCUGCACAACAUCCGCAAGCAGACAAGGACGACUCAUCUUUGAGCACUCAUCUCUGGUUCCCAGAACCCGAAGCUCAAGAGCGAGUUAUUGCCAUACCCCAGGCAUCCGGCUCAUCUUCGCUAUUGAGAGACCGUUUGUAUAUUGGAAACCUGCAUCCCACUGUUGAUGAAUACGCCCUUCUACAGGUUUUCACCAAGUUUGGCAAAGUAUCGAAACUUGACUUCCUCUUUCACAAGACGGGUCCAAACAGAGGGAAGCCGCGCGGAUAUGCCUUCCUACAGUAUUUGCAUGAAGGUGAUGCCCAGACGGCAUUGGAAAACAUUAAUGGAAAACUACUGCGGGGUCGUAAGCUGACGGUUACUUUUGCUCAUCAAGCUCCGCUCGAACAGCCCGUUGGAAGUCGACAGGUGGGCAGGGCGAGAAGAGUUGAUGCGCGGCCGACUACCCUAAGUAUGAUGAAAAGUGGAAUUCAUACUCGGUCAGAAGGGUGA